AUGCCGUACGCGACGUGCUCUUUCUGCGAGAAAUUACUGAAAAGCUACGGAGGGUUACGUAGACAUCAGCGGCGGAACAAAAAAUGCCUGUACGAACAGGACCGCCUAGCGGCAUUAGGCAUUCCGUACGGCCGCUUCUAUCGGCCGCCGUUAAUAACGAUCGUACACGCAUCCGGUCGUCGCAUUGACGCGACAUUCGAGCCGCGCACAGCUCGCGAUCGCGACGAGGAGGAGGCCAAUGGCGAUGACGGGGAGGCGUGGUCAUCAGCAGAGUCAGCUCCGUCGGUUGCAUCGGGGGAGUCGUCGGACAUUGCGGAGGCGGGUGUCAGUCGGGAUUUUAGGCUAGAUAUAGCGCGCAUUGCGCGGACAUAUUUCUUGCCUAAUGCAGCCAUAACCGACAUCAUCCAGUUGUUUAAAGCUGGGAACGGGGACCCCUCCGAGGUGGAUAUGUGGCAGACAUAUCGGGACCUCGAACGGUUCGAGGAGGAGUACCUGUCAUAUGGCGACGAAUGGGAGAUACGCGUGUUGGAGCUGCAGGAGGGGCUGGGCUCGGUGACGUUUCGGUUUCGACCGCUCGAUCGUGGUGCCGGUAUAGUGGCAGCGGUGAUUCUGUUCAGUGAUGCGACCCAUCUGACGUUUAAUGGGAGACAGCUGGCUCACCCGUUGAUGUUCUCGCUGGACAACAUUCCCGAGGCCAUCCGAUGGCUUGAAGGUGGCGUGGAGAUGGUAGCACUCUUCCCCCCGCUACCCGCAGCCUUGACACCGGAGCAGAAGACGGAGCUCAUGCACGAGAUGUUGCGGCUGGUACUAGGGCCUCUCAUGCGCGCAUCAUCAGUCAAGAGUGGGGGAAUCAUGGUCACCGAUCAUUUGGGGCGGAAACAGAGGGUCUUUCCACUCCUGAGCAAGUACGUGUGCGACCACACGGAGUCGUGCAUGGUGACAUGCACAUGGGCAGCCACGUCGAGCCAACCUUGCUCUAUGUGCCUCGUGAGCAAGUGGGACCUGGCGGAUCUGACCCUGGAAAGCACCACCCGCACCGUGAAAGGCCAGAAGGACGUGUACGAGCGGAUCGAGGGUACCAACCCGAAGAAGCGCAAGAGAGUGAAGUCUGCAUGGUGCACAUACUUUGUGAAGGUGAGUGACCCUCUGAGAGGCUCUCUUUGGGGGUCCGGCAGUUGA